UUCUCUCUCUACCACUCUUUUUUAUUAGGAUUAUGCUACUUUUCCCUCCAAUUCAAACCUCCCUCUCUUUUACCUCCUCAUCUAUGAAGAACACGGCAUUCUCUCCUCCUCCACCGCCGACUUCUCUCUACCCCACCCCUCACCACCAUCACCACCACCUCCUCCUCCUCUUCCCUCAACCCCCUUCAAUCCCCCACCACCUCUUCCUCAAAACCUACAAUCCCCACCCUCUCCGCCACCGCUCACCCCGUCCCCUCUCCGCCGCCUCCGACAAGGCCUCAGAGCUCCAUCAAUGGGAUUCGAUGACUGCGCGCUUCGCCGCCGCCUCCAACGUCCCCUUCCUCCUCAUCCAGCUCCCGCAGAUCCUGCUCAAUGCCCGCAACCUCCUGUCCGGCAACCGCGCCGCCCUCCUCGCCGUCCCCUGGCUUGGGAUGCUCACAGGGCUUCUGGGGAACCUGACCCUGCUCUCCUACUUUGCGAAGAAGAGGGAGAGCGAGGCUAUCGUCGUCCAGACGCUCGGCGUCGUCUCCAUCUUCGUGGUCUUGGCACAGUUAGCCGCAGCAGGGGCCAUGGCGCGGCCCGUCUUCUCGGCGAUCUCCGCGGUCGUGUUACUCGGCCUCGUGCUGAAUUUCAUGAACUAUUUCGGUAGGCUCGAUUCCGGGCUCUGGCUACUCUGGGAGGACUUCAUCACUGUCUCGGGCUUAUCCGUGCUCCCGCAGGUAAUGUGGUCGACGUUUGUUCCCAGUAUCCCGAAUAGUAUAUUGCCGGGGAUCGUAUCUUGUACCGUUGGAGUUGCGGUUGUCGCCAUGGCACGGAUAGGUAAACUUCCCGAGGAUUGGGUGAAGUUUGUCAGGUCGAUAUCUGGCUGGACCGCCACAUUACUGUUCAUGUGGAUGCCUAUUGCGCAGAUGUGGACAACCUAUCUCAAUCCGGACAACAUCAAGGGCUUAUCGGCUCUUACAAUACUGCUCGGCAUGAUCGGGAACGCUCUCAUGAUCCCGCGUGCUCUAUUCAUCCGUGAUCUUAUGUGGUUCACAGGUGCAUCUUGGGCAUCAAUCCUUCAUGGUUGGGGAAAUUUGGCCUGCAUGUAUUUUUUCGACAGUAUAAGCAGCGCCUUUUUCUUCCCAGCAACACUCAGCUUAUUCUUAUGGAUAGGAGCUGCUCUCUGGAGAGAUACCGCAGUCUACGGAUACAAUACACCAUUGAAAUCCUUAAGAGAACUUGCUUUCGGACGAUGACGAGCAAGAAAUUUUCACGGCAAACUAUCCUUUCCGAUUCAAUUGUGAAACCUCCAUGAGCUGUAAAUAGUUCUGCUGAUUGCUGGCUCUGAAGGUAAUUGUGUACAGAUAAACAAAUGGUGAGAAGAUGAGAGGUGGUUUCCAUUCCAGCAGCAGAUAAGGAUUAAACUUGUGGUGGUGAAGAAAGGGAUCUUUGAAUGGAUGAUUACACCAGAAAUGUCAGAUAUCUCACAGUCACAGGAACUUAUUCGACGGCAACAGUAUAAACUACUCUUCACAUCAGAUUUUUCCUCCUCUUUUGUUUCAGGUUUUCUAUCACUAGAGUUGAGAUGGUACCACAAAAUGUUCAAAUUUGCUAAUUUAAAGGCUCCCAGAUGCUAGCCCCCUACAUCCAACAAAAGAGAAGAGGAGGCAAUAAUUUAAAUUCUUGUACACUACAUGAUGGCUUCUACUUCCCAUUUAAAGCUACUACAAAAACACAACAUUUCAUCAUCACAAAUUACAAGAAGCAAAAUAUAUAACAACAAGAUGUAGCAUAAUUAGCAACAUUGCUGUAAAUAUUCAUUCACAAUAUAUAGAUUCAUCAGACACAUUCUUGCA